CUUGGUAUAACUCUGAUCUUCUCAUCUCUCACUAUCACUACUUGUUCAUUGGCGGCCUAGCUACCACCAAAUCUAUUCCUUAGCAAUCCCCAUUCGAAUCGAUCGCCAUGGGUCUUCUUUCGGGGGCGACCGACGCUAUCCGUCGACGAGGAUCCGAUGCCAGUCAUACCAGCGGUCCACCUGGUAGUCCCGACCGAGGACAAGCUCCGGAUGGUAAACCAGACGAUGUCGAGAUCUUGGACAAGGAAGAAGGGAGCGUCUUGUCGGCCAUGAUCAGUCAACUGAGGAUCGGGAUGGACCUCUCAAAGAUCACCUUUCCGACUUUCGUUCUCGAGCCUCGAUCCAUGCUGGAACGUAUCACCGACUUUAUGGCUCACCCAGAACUCAUGUUCAAAGCUGGACAAAUUCAGGAUCCUAAACAGAGGCUGCUUCAAGUGACAGCAUUGAUCUUGGCCGGAUGGCAUAUCAAGCCGAAAGGUGUCAAGAAACCGUACAACCCCGUCCUCGGCGAAUUCUUCCGAUGUACCUACACCUACGAAGACGGCUCGGAAGGGUUCUUUAUCGCUGAACAGGUCUCUCAUCAUCCCCCUAUUUCGGCGUUCUUCUAUACUUCGCCGCAGAAUGGGGUUGUUGUUACUGGAGAACUGAAACCCAAGUCUAAAUUCUUGGGCAAUUCAGUGGCGACGAUCAUGGAGGGUGAGAACCGGGUGAGGCUGUUGGACAGGCCAGAGGAUGGCGAGUACACCUUGACGAUGCCCAACAUGUUCGCCCGAGGAAUCCUGUUCGGCAAGAUGAUGCUCGAACUUGGAGACAGCACCGCUGUCACCUGUCCCGCCACCCAUUACUCGUGUGAUAUCGAAUGGAAGACCAAGGGCUGGAUCUCUGGAGGAUACAACGCUAUCGCCGGGCACGUUCGAGGGCCGGAAGGUUCGGCUGGGGAAAUUACGGGUCAUUGGGAUGGAUUGAUGGAGUUCAAGGAUAAGGGUGGGAAGAAGCAGACGUUGUUCGACGCGACGAGGGCGCAGGUCCGGCCGAAGACCGUCUUGCCGGAGGAUCAACAGGAGGCGAACGAGAGUCGACGACAAUGGGCAGACUUGACAGCUGCUAUCAAGGCAUCUGACAUGGACGCUGCGACCGAGGCCAAGGCCAAAGUGGAAGACGGACAGCGAGAGAUGGCUCGACGACGAGAAUCCAGCGGACAAACGCACCAACAGCGAUUCUUCCAGCCCGUCGGUGACAAGUGGAUGCCCAAGCUGAACCUGGACCAAUUGUCGAAAGACCCAGCAGAGUUGCUGCGAGCCGUCAAAGAGUUCAUCUUUGCCGACAGCUCGACGGCGCAACAGCCUCCUUCUGCUACCAGCCGUCCAGCGCGAUCCAACACUGGUGCUUCACAAGCAUCAGGUCUGUCCGCCCAGAACCAACCGAUCUCCCCCGUUGAUAGCUCCAGGCAUGCGACGACCGCUUCUAUCGCAAGCCAAGAUUCGUUUGCGUCCGCAACCUCUGACCUACCUAUCCGAGAGACCGCUCCUGGACCACCCGCCGGCCCGCUCAUGACACAUCCUCCGACCCAGUACUGAUUGACACGAACCACAACAAUGCUAGUGCCCUGGAUCCGUGUAAUUAAUGUUAUGUAUCGCCGAUGCUGAGAUUUUUACAGCUAGACAUCGACUUGUGAAUGUAGUGCGCACGAAGCCGCUUGAUUAAUGUUCGACGAUAUGCUCUCUGGUACAAAACCGAGUCAAACGAGUGUAUGGCUGAAGAGGAAUAGCCGCGUUAUACAUGUUCCGAUUCUCAACGUCUCUUCUCUCUUGUCGUUCUGUUUCAUCGCAGCUCUCGUAGAUCGAGGGUAGAUUUGGGUGGCGUGUUGGGCAUUCCAAAACGAGACGGUCCGAUCAAGCGAUCGAGCGAAGACGCGGCAAAGUCAGAGUUGUAAGUCGUCUCAAUGAAUCCUGGACGAUCAGGAUCGAUGUCGAAGACGGUCCGAGGCUUGGAAUUGC